UUGAAAACACAAGUCUUUUAUUUCCUUGUUGAAUAUUAAUUUGAUUAUUUAUCAUUAGAAUAUGAUUUUGAUCAAUUCAUAAAAUAUGGAUUAUCAAUAUACAAUAUAAAUGUCGGAGCCAAAUGAAGAUAAAUGUAUAAUACUACACUCAUUCCAGUAACUACAGUAGUCAUUCCAGUCACUACAAUGGUCACUACCACUGUUUCAACUGAUGCAGAAUCUGUUAACAACGAUGAUAAUUUUUUGGAGGUUUCAGUUAGCACAGCAUUUUACACACCAUUCGCACUCUUACUGGGAAUCGUUGUGACAAUUGUUUUAUUUAAAUGUUACUAUAGAAAACGGAGAUCGCUGAAACCCAGAGUACGAGAAGAAAGCUUCCAUCAUGACAACGCCGUGUACUGGGACCAUGAUGCAGCAUUCCAAUUGGACGGAAUGGUGGAACUGAGAGAACAGAGAAGAACAGAAACUGUAUUCAUUACUGACAGCAGACAUCGGGGUAUACAGACAGACAUAGGUGGAGAUUGCAUACAUAAUUUCGAAAGGACCUACCAACAGGACGAACUAGAUAAUAUGUCACUGGCACCAUUGCCCCCGCCACCACCACCGCCAAUCGAUGAUCCGUUUUCACAGGCAAUGGCACCAAACCCACCUAGUCGUAGGUCAAAAGACGACUGUAUCCGAACUGUACCAAGUUACCGGAAAUCAAACAUACCUAGUACCUUACAGAAAACAUGGAUUUUCAACAGUGAAGAUAAAUUAGCAACAAGCGAUCAUUUCCAAGAAAUUCUGGAUGAAGCUUUCCAAGAUCAAAACUCACCUCUCCAUCAAAGGGAAAGCCAUUAUAUGUCUGUUCCUAGUGUUGUUUUAAUUCCAAAUCCAGAAGAAGGUCCACCAUGUUGUCACGACGUCCGCCAUUCUUACAUUAACAUUAAAAAACUGGACGGAAACACGAUGUCCGAAAAUAGUCUAAAUAGUUCGCAACAGAUUCUCAUGGACUACGAAAACACAAGGGUUUGGGUCAAAUCAAAGGAAAGUGAUCUUAGUGACGACGAGUCACAUAUUGACUUCCGUGACGCAAAUUUUCAAGACUGUGUGAGGAAUACUUUACAUAGAAAGGAAAUUAAAUCACGUAACAUAUCGGAAGUAGACGAUCAAUACUCAUCUUUCGCUACUCUAUCAGCACCAAAAAAGCCAGAGAGACCACGAACUGGUUACGUCGUUAUGGAGUUGACAGAGGAAGUGAUGUCAUUCCUGAAAGUAAAGGAGAAUAAAGUUGGGAAACCGUUAACUCUGUCUCACGAAAACAUUCCGCCUGAAAAAAUCUAUUAUGAUGACCGCCUGAAAAAUGGAUAUUUAUCGAUGUAUGAGAAUUAAUACUAGUAACCAAAAUGCAGGUGAUAGUAAAUAAACCUACAUGUGUAUUUUAGAGUAAACAUAAAUAAGAUAUAUUCAUUUUGAUAUCGGUAACAGAUGUUCGGCUAUACAUGUAUUACCAUUGAGAAAAUAUGAGUUGAGGUUGUUGGGCGUGGGCUUUUGAGAAAACUUGAGUUAAGGUUGUUGGACGUGGCCUUUCUUUAUAACUUUUUGUAUUUCCGUUGUAUCUUCCCAAGUAAUGCCAAAUAAAAUGAAGCCUCUAAACUUUUCCGUAUUUUAUUCCGAUUCGGCACAAUUUUUGAUAACUUUUUUAUACCUUUAGUCUGGUAUCUACUCCAGUGUUUUAUAAAAUUGAGAUUAUCUCUGCUAUACUCCCAUACCAUCUGUGUUUUUAACUUCAAUGUUAUGUGAAUAGGAAGAUGAUUUUAAUGUCAGUAACGAACAUGUCUUAUCAUGAUUGACCGAGCAGCAUGAAAGGUCACAGCAAGACAAAACAAAGGAUUGCCUUUCUUUUAAUAUUCAUUAGCCCACAUGAAACUUUCUAGCUGUGUUUAUCAGUGAAUGUUUUGUUGGUUUAGACGUUUUCGCUAUCAAUGAAAACUAGAUAUAUUUGUAAAUGUGUUUAAAUAACAAUCUAUCAGCACAGCAAUCGACCUAGUGCUGUAAACAAUCGGAGCGUCCCUGAUACUUGUCAGGAUAUGCUUCCGUCAAGAACUUUUGAAACAUUUGAAAGCAAGUAAGUAUUAGUCAUGUCAGUGGCGAAACAUGGUUUACUGGGCCUAUGCUACCAUCUUGCACCAGUGUGCAUGAUUUAUGUUUAUUUUAUAUUUUGGUGAGUGGUUAUAAUUAACCGUAGCCAUAACUCAUUUCCAAAACGAACCCUAAAGAUUCGAGAUUAUCUCUGAUCUUAUUAUUUUUCGAAAAGUUACAGUUUUUCCAUUGUUUUGGUUUUUUUAUGAAAUGUACUAUAACUGUGUAUAAAUGUAUAGAAUAAAGUGUUUGUACAGAGAAAUAAAAAAUAUAAAAUUCA